CUUUGGUAGAGCCGCUGCGCUCCUGGUAGGUCCCCGUGCUCCGUUGUUCCAAGAGCGAGAUCGUCCCAGCUGUCGCCCGUGCAUCGUCCGUCGCCUACGCGUGCUCUCCGAACGGCGCUGGUCCGUUUGGGUGCGUGAAGUGCGCCUCGUGCCGGAAGGAACCGGGUGUGCACUGACACCCCUCCGUGUGAAGUGUGGUGUUGCUGUGACGGCGCUCGCUCGCAGUGACCGCUCGCUCCCCAGCCUAGGGACUCACUGGGGCUGCGGCGAACGCAAAGGAUACGCGCUGGUGCUCCGGAGACCUCGCGACCUCCGAAACACGUUGCCCCCUGCGGUGGAUAUUCACUCACUGGCGCCAUCAAGGGCCAUCGUGAAGGCAAGCACCUAGAGGGUCCCUCAGCAUGACCAGGAAAUGCCGGCGGCGGUGGUGGACACUGCUGCUGGCGCUCCUCUGCCUCACGCCAUGCGUGCUCGCAGUAUGCGAAGUGGAAGGCGGCGGAACAGUGGUCAUAAUGGAUAUUCAAGAGAGCCGAGGAAAUCAGACAGACCAGGAGACGCAGCCGCGGGAACUUCCCGUCGUGGGUGACAUACAGGACAUCGAGCUGAGCAUUCAGUCGGCCACAUACGACGUCUUCCAGCUACUUGGUAAACGUCUCAUUCUCAAGAGGCCACUCGACAGAGACGCUGACGACUUGGCGUCUAUACGGCUUCAGGUGCUUUGCCAGGCCCGAUUAGGCAGAGUACAGCCUUUUUCGCAGCGAGCCAUCCAGGUUUUGGUGCGAGUCAACGAUGUCAACGACAACCCACCGCUCUUCAGGCGUCCCCACUACGAAACCAAAGUCUCAGAGCUGGCUCCUGUGGGAACGACGAUAUUUCGUGAUCUAGCCACAAUGGACAUGGACACGGGAACCAAUGGGCUUGUCGAGUACACCACAGUCCCGGGAGAUGGCAGCGACAACGACGGGUACGACUAUUUUGCCAUUGACUUACCUUACCAAGGACUAGUGACAGUAGCGAAGCCGCUGGACUACGAGAGAGCCAAGUACUACCACUUGGUAAUCAAAGCGACGGACACAGCGUCGAACCUGUCUGAACGGCUGUCGAGUACUACCACACUGACGGUGUUCGUCGAGGACGGUGACGACCAGGGACCAGCCUUUGUCUACAAGGGGUGCGCUCUUGUUCACGGGGCUUGCACCGAUGUGGAAUACAGCGCCGAAGUUACCAGCGGCCUCACUUCGGGAAUCGUGAAAACAUAUCCAGAGGAUAUCCGGGCAGAAGACCGGGACUCCUUAAAAUCCAAGAUUGUCUACAGUUUUGUUAAUGGAACACCAUCGUUCUACCACAGCUACUUUGAUAUCGACAAAGAGAGUGGCCUUGUUCGCCAGCUCAAACCUGCUGACCGGGCGUUGGCGAAAAGCUACGAUAUUAUUGUUAAGGCUGAAGAAGAAACUCCGAGCCGUCGUUUCGCCACGGCUCGCUUGACCAUCAGCGUUCGCGUGGUGGACAGUAACCCGCCUAUCCUUCUCGCUUCGGCAACCGAAGGCUUUGUGGACGAGAACUCGCCAAUCGGCACGUAUGUGGUCACGCAACCAGGAGGCGAUGAACCCCUCUACUUUAUGGUCAGCGACGAUGACAUCGCUGAAGAUGACCCUCUGCCUGAGUACACUUUCGAGCUCACAACAACUGCCUUCAGGGUGAACAGCGAGGGAAUCUUGGUAGUCAACGAGCAAGAUCUCGACAGGGACCCACCAAACCAGAACGUUCACACCUUUCAGGUCGUGGCCCAUCAAAUGAACAGUGAGCCGGGGAAAGGCAGCAGUGCGCCCAUCUCCCUCAGCGUCCGCCUGAACGACGUGAAUGACAACAGCCCGAAGCUUCCUACCCUCAGCCCUGUCACAAUUCAGGCUGGAGACGGAGUGCGCAACGUCACGCAGGUUCAGGCCCGUGACGAUGACGAAGGAGAGUUUGCCCGCAUCAGUUACUCUGUAUAUCACGUCUCCAACAACGGUCGCGACAAGUUCCGCAUCGAUCCCAACACUGGUGUGGUGCAAGUCAUUGGUAGGGUCUCUUCAGGGGAACAGUACAGCAUCACUGUGCAGGCUACGGAUUCCGGGGCCAGAUUCAGCCAAGGAAUUCUGGAUGUGAUAGUGAUACCCGGACCAAACACUGGUGGCCCCGUUUUUUCCAAAGAGAAGUACGAGGCACAAGUCAGCGAAGGGGCUUCCGUUGGUUCUGCUGUGCUUACACUAAAGGCAACAGACCCAGAAGGUGAUGACGUCACGUAUUCUAUUGUUGAAGGAAACGAGAAAGGCGUGUUCGCCAUCGAUUCGUCGAGUGGGACAAUAUCGGUCGCCAAGAGCCUCGACCGCGAGGAAGUGGCCUCGUACACCCUGCAGGUCAAGGCUGAAGACAGGAACACUUUGUUCAACUUGGCGAUGGUGAAAAUAGCCGUGACAGAUAUAAACGACCAGAAUCCGGUGUUCGUGCAAGAUAGCUACAACUUUACCGUCGAGGAAGGGAAGGCCGGUGCUGUGGUUGGUACUGUCCAGGCCCGCGAUGAAGACGUCGGCGCCAACGGGGAAGUUUAUUAUACGAUUGCUGGAAAUGGUGACUUUGGCAUCGAUGAGCAGACGGGCGAGGUGACGACUCGCCGCGCCUUGGACUACGAGCGCCAGCGGGAGCACGUGUUCGUCGUGACGGCCAAGGACAAGGCACCUGACGCGCGCAUCACCACCGCCAGCGUCACGGUUCGCGUCCAGGACGUGCAGGACGAGAGGCCGUACUUCGAGCGUGCCUUCUACGAGACCUCAGUGCCCGAAAACCAGAACAACAUUAACGUCGUCCAGGUCAAGGCUACUGAUCCGGACGGCACUCCCAGCAUCACGUACACCAUCCGGGAAGGCGAUCAAUCCUUAUUCGCCGUCGAUCCGGUGACCGGCGUCGUAAGGACGAUCGCAGGCCUCGACUAUGAGAAGAAGACAAGUCACACGCUCAUCAUUGGCACGCUGGAGAACGACGCCAAUGAGGCUAUGGCCACCUGCACCGUCCGUGUCGCUGUCGAGGACCGGAACGACGUUGCCCCACGCUUCGCGAGCGUACCGUUGCCGAUCAGGCUCCAGGACACAGUACCGCUGGGAACCAUCGUGACAACCGUCGUGGCGACCGAUGGAGAUGGAUCGGCGCCUGGCAACGUAGUCCGUUACGAGAUAAGCGGUCAAGGAAGGGCACCAUUCUAUUUCCUCAUUGACAGCACCAGUGGCGUAAUAACAGUCAAAGAUGACCUCAGGAAGGAACCUGACUCGGAGUACCGGAUCGAAGUUCAAGCUAACGACUUGGGUGAUCCAUCACUAGCAGCUACCGCCGUCGUCACAGUCUACGUGGAACACAUUGCCACAGUGCCACCCGAUUCUGGGCUGGGUUUCGCCGAUGGAUUUUAUACGGUUGAAGUGCCAGAGAACGCAUUGGCUAACACCCUCGUCAAAUCUUUGCCAAUCAUCAACAAGCCACGAGGGAAUUUUCCCGUUCAAUGCCAGAUUGUCACAGGAAACGAGAAAGGACAUUUCUACAUACUUGACAAUGAACAACGUGACUGUGAAGUGCGUGUUCAAAACCAAAACCUUGACUAUGAAGAGCAAAACAAGUACCUCUUGACUGUCCAUCUGAACACAAUCGGGGGAGUGUUUGGUUCAUCACGGCUGACGACCCAAGUGGCUGUGCAUCUGAUCGACCAGAACGAUAACAGGCCGCGCUUCGUGGUGCCUCCUAUGUACAGCCAGUUGACGCAGAACCGCUACCUGGCGGCGCUCUCGUCAGAUGCACCCGCAGGCACGCGCUUCAUCCAAGUAACGGCUGAAGACCUUGACUCAGGUUCGAACGGCAAGAUUGUGUACGACCUCUCUCCGGACAGUGACCCCGAAGGCAAAUUCAGCAUCGAUCCCCAGACAGGCUACCUGAGUAACGUGAAGACAUUCGAUGAUCUACAAAAUGUGGAACUACCACUCAAGCUCAAGGUCACUGCCCGGGAUAGCCCCGACCUGACUGCCAGAGCAUUAACAGAGUCCACCUACGUUUAUGUGAACCUCAUCCGCUUCGAGAAUCGUCUUGUCUUGGCUAUCGGCGAUGUCUUACCAGACAAGGUGCUGCAACUGAAGGACCACAUAAUGAGCAUAAUACAGCAGCAGACCCGUCUUAUUGCAAGCGUCGAGAAGGUAGUCGCUCUGAAGGUACUGCGGAACAACACGAUUGUAACAGAUUUCUCUGGGAGUGAUAUCUGGAUGUUCUUGGUGGAACCGGAAAGCUUGAGAAUUUUGACGACGAAUGAUCCACGAGUUCAAAUGUUGGUGAGCAGUGGUAGCGCGCAAUCUUCGUUCCUGGACCACCUGUCGCGCAGCCUGGGCAUCACGGCGCAACAGCUUCGUACACCCUAUGCGCCACCCACGGCUCCGCCCAACCUCGUGCGGCCCGUCAAGAUCGCCGGCGGAGACUCGAGCGACCUGGGCGCCGCACUCAUCGUGCUAGCCUGCAUCAUAGCCGUGCUCGGCUUCGUUGGCAUCGUCUACCACUGCUGCAUGUGGUCGAGGUACGUGGCGAACAAAGAGAGGAUCAAGCGGAUGUGCGUGGCUCCCAGAUACGAACCCGUGUACGCAGACUCAAGUUUGAAAGAAUAUGAAACGCAAGUGUUGCAGAUGAGCGUGCCGGUGGACGAGGACGGCAGCUGCAAUGAGUCUCCGCUGGGGCUGAAAGGUGGUGGCGCCGACGUGGCCUACUUGGGCGGUGGCCGCACUGCCUAUGAGCGCGAGUCACCCAGCUCCAUCGGAAACGCGUCCACCGCCCGGGUGGGAAGCUGCGCGUCAGCAACUUUUGACGACGCACCGACCGCCACUCGGAAUCCGUUAUACGUCGCCUACAACUCGGAUGAAGAGGAGCCGAGUCCGGGCGCACCAUCGCCAGCAGCAAAGACGCUGAGUGGUCUAACUAUGCUGAAGACGCAUCCACCCACGGCGGCCGCCGGGGACAAGUCCAAAUACAUCGCGGGUGUUGAGACGACGACAGAGCUAUGACCUACAUGUAUUUAUUGUGUUGCCCACUUGUACAUACUGUAAAAUGCCCCCUGUGCCAAACAUUAAAGCACACGUUGAUGACAUGCGAAAAAA